AGGGUCGGAAUUGGAGGGAACAAUCCAGGAGGCGACUUCUGGAGUAAAAUUCCGGAGAUCGAGUGUGAAGAAGGAAGAGAAGAUUUGGCGAAAAUCAGCUGCUCAGCCUCAUUGGGAACUUUGGUUGCUCUCACUUGGGACGGGCGAUUAUUUCUUAGAGUCGGAAUAACAAAAGAUACUCCAAAUGGUACCGACUGGUGUUCACUUCUCACUCCGCGAAAUCUUCCGCUUGCUUUUAUCGCUUUAGGAACCAAAGUCAUGUGGGUGAUCUCUGUAGAUGGCAAGGUGAGCUCUGUUAACUAUCUUUUCGCUCAGAACCUUCUCAAAUUCAAGCCAGUGGCUCUACCUCCU